AUGAAAGCGCGGGGCAUUUUUCGAAUCCACCAGGGUAGUAUUCGUCUUUAUACGUCAACAUGCAAAGUACCCAAAUUUUUUAUAAGCGGCUCAGAGAUAGGGAGUACUCAAGUGAGGCAUGCUGGAGAACAAGUGGAUCACAGCGAAAUCCCCCAUUGGAAUAGGAAUACACCGCACGGUAGCCUUUACAGUGGAAAAGAGGGGGAUUUGUUUGACAGACUCAUCAGGAUUUACGUGGAUGUCAUUUUUAAUUGCGACAAAUAUCCUCCGCAUGUUCAGCAUUUGCACAUUUUGGGUAGAAGUCUGCUAAUGGAUAAAGUACUCAAUGUGCAAAGUAGCAGAACUCACAAGAAAAAAUUGCUUAAGUGUGAGGAAAAUAAACCAUCCGAAAAUAUGAAUGAAUAUCUUGUACGCUUAAAUAAAGCAGCCUUGCGAAAUGAGAAAUUAUCAGAGAAUGAGAAAAAGGAAGUGAUCGAAAAAGUGAAAAAUAUUUUCAAUCACAAAAAUGUCUUGUAUGCAUUAUUUACUUUAGAGCAUAACAGGAUUUUGUUUAAUUUUUCUGAACAAUUGUUUUUAAAGCAUGUGGAAAUUUGUUUUUUAAACUCUGCCGUCAGUAGCAGGAUGGACAUAUAUCGCUACAUCAAACGCUUUGGAGUGGACAACAUAUGCCUUUACGUUUUUGAAUACGCGAACCAUCUUCACAUUUUGAAAAAGCGUCAUGAAGUUGUGAAGAGGUUAUUUUUCGGAAAUGCAUCUUGA